AAGGGUGCAGGACGCACUCCAUCUACAGUCUCGCUUCAGCCUCGCCACGCCGGACCUCGUCAUCCGUGGAGCGCCCGCCACGCAUCUCCCAGGAGCUAUCCGCCGCGGUUCCCUUUACUCUCCUCGUCGGGUUUUACGCUGGGACGGAUCCGGCAUGGGUCCGGUCUACUGAAAGGCGCGAGAGAGGUGUUGCCGAACCGUUAGCAGUUUGAGUCUAUAUACACACACGCGCGCGCGCGCGGGCACGCACACAGACACACACGGAGAGACGCGUGAGAACUCGCUCCGGCUGAAGACAGAAUAAUGAUGGAGUAUUGGAGGCAGUGCGCGCUGUGGCUGAUCAACUGCAAGGUGCUCCCUCCUAACCACAGGGUGACAUGGGAGUCAGCGCAGGUAUUUGACUUGGCUCAGACCCUCCGGGAUGGAGUCCUCCUGUGCCAUCUGCUCAACAACCUGAAGCCCCAGUGCAUCAACCUGAAGGAGAUCAACCUCCGGCCGCAAAUGUCACAGUUCCUGUGCCUGAAGAAUAUCCGGACGUUCCUGGUGGCGUGCAGCGACUCAUUUGGAAUGAAGAAGAGCGAACUGUUCGACGCCUUUGACCUUUUCGAUGUCAGGAACUUUGGCAAGGUUAUGGACACGCUGUCCAAACUUUCCCACACGAGCAUCGCACAGCAAACGGGAAUCAGGCAUUUUCCCACAGAGGAGCGCGUGGAAGACGAGGACAUCUACAACCACCUGGAGGACCUGAUCGAUGAGAACGGCGUGGAGGACGAGGAGGACCUGUACGCCUGCGUGUACGAGGACGAGGAAGGCGGCGAGAUCUACGAGGACCUGAUGAAGACAGAGGCCAUCCCUCCUCCGGCGUUCCAGAAGCAGGCAGAGAUCGACAUCAGGAGUUGCUGCUUAACAGAGAUCAAGCAGACAGAGGAGAAAUACACCGAGACCCUGGAGUCCAUAGAGAAGCACUUUAUGAUGCCCCUCACCAUGUUUUUUUCUACGGUUGAGAUGGAGAAGGUGUUUGUGAAUAUUCCGGAACUGGUAAAGGUUCACAAGGGUUUAUUGCUGGAAAUCCAAGAGUCGGUCCACCAGAGAGGUUCCCAGAACCUUUACCAGAUCUUCAUAAGUUUUAAAGAAAGGUUGUUGAUCUAUGGGAAAUACUGCAGUCACGUGGAGACGGCCAUCACCACCCUGGACGACAUCUGCAAACACAGGGAGGACGUGCGCAUGAAGCUAGAGGAAUGUUCUAAAAGAGCCAAUUAUGGCAAGUUCACGUUGAGAGACCUGCUUGUGGUUCCCAUGCAGCGGGUGUUGAAGUAUCAUCUCCUUUUGCAGGAACUGGUAAAACACACCCAUGACGCCUCUGAAAAAAGUAAUCUACGGACAGCGCUGGAUGCGAUGAAGGAUUUGGCACAGUACGUCAAUGAAGUCAAACGGGACAAUGAGACGUUGCGAGAAAUAGAGCAGUACCAGAGAUCCAUUGAAAACCUGAACCAACCUCUGAGCAACUACGGGAGACCCAAAGGCGACGGGGAGGUGCGGGUGACCUCAGUGGACAAACGAGCAAAGCAGGACAGGCACAUCUUCCUGUUCGACGCUGCCGUGAUCGUUUGCAAGCGCCGAGGGGACAACUACGAGAUGAAAGAAGUGAUCGACCUGCACCUCUUCAAGAUCACCAACAACCCGACAUCCGACAAGGAGAACAGGAAGUGGUCCUACGGAUUCUACCUCACUCACAACCAGGGCCAGAACGGCUUUGAGUUUUUCUUCAAGACCAAAGAGCUGAAAAAGAAGUGGCUGGAGCAGUUCGGCAUGGCCAUAUCAAACAUCCGUCCUGAGAACGCAACCAACAAUUUCCACGAGUUCCGGAUGCACACCUUUGAGAGAAUCACCUCCUGCAACUCUUGCCACAUGCUGCUGAGGGGGGUCUUUUACCAGGGCUACCUGUGCUCCAAGUGUGGCUUAGGUGCCCAUAAAGAAUGCCUGGGACGCUUUGGCUGCUGCGGAAAAACAGAUUCCGGCUCCGUCAGAACUCAGAGCAAACAUCGAGAUCCAGGUCUGCCCAAGAUGCUGGUCAUCAGGAACUACUUUGGCGUGCCGAGUCCUGCCUCUGGUCCGGCGCUCUCCAUCCAGACCGGAGACAUCAUCGAGUUAAUAUGUGCCGACCUACACAGCCCCUGGUGGCAGGGCAGGAUCCUGUCGACGAAAGAGGCUGGCUUCUUUCCAAGCGACGCCGUGCGGCCGUGUCCUUGUGUGCCGAAGCCUGUCGAUUACUCCUCACAGCUAUGGUUUGCAGGUCCAAUAGAGAGAUUUCAGGCAGAAGCAGAACUCAUCAACAGGGUCAACAGCACCUAUCUGGUCCGCCACCGCAGCAAAGAGUUCACAGAGUACGCCAUCAGCAUAAAGUACAACAACGACGUGAAGCACAUAAAGAUCCUGACCAAGGAGGGCUGCUACUACAUUGCAGAGAACAAGAAGUUCAGGAGCAUAUUAGAGCUGAUCGAGUACUACAAACACCACUCCCUUAGAGAAGGCUUCAAGAGUCUGGACACCACCCUGCAGUUCCCCUACCGCGAACCGGAGAACGCGGCUGUGCACCGCUUCAACAGAUCAGGCAGCAACACUCCAUUGCUCUGCGGCCUCUCUCUCGUAACUCCUGCCGGCUACAGCUUUGUGCCUCCUUCCUCUGCUCCCUUCUGGUCAGGUACAGUGCUGACGCCCAAAGUGAUCGGCGUGGCCAUAGCGCGGUACGACUUCAGCUCCAGAGACACCCGGGAGCUGUCGCUGCAGGAGGGCGACGUGGUGAAGAUCUACACCAAGUCCGGAGCCAACGGCUGGUGGCGGGGCGAAGUCAACGGCCGGGUCGGUUGGUUUCCGUCUACGUACGUGGAGGAGGGCGAGGAGUGAGCCGACCGACCAGCUGGAUUGG